AUGCGGACGCCGGUGGCGUACAAGGCGCGGCGGCGGGCGUCGCCGGAGACCCUCGCGCGCGGCAUGAACUUCGCCGUCGGCGGCGCCGGCGUGCUCGACACCGGCAACUUCCAGCGCAACAUCAGCGCGCAGAUCGACCUCUUCCAAACCAUGCACCACCGUCCUGGCUGCCGCGCUGGCAGCGGCAAGAGGACCGCGCUCGUCGUCGUCUCCGGCAACGACUACGCCUAUGCCGCCGACAAGGACAACAACGGCACCAGCGCGGCGAUCGCGUACAUCCCAACGGUGGUGCGGGAGCUCCGCGGGCAGCUCCGGCGGCUGCGCGACGAGGCGGGGAUGCGGAGGGUGGUGGUGACCAACCUGCACCCCAUGGGUUGCACGCCGACAUUCACCCGCCUGCUCAACUACACCGGCUGCGACCCGCUGGCUAACGCCGGCGCCGCCCAGCACAACGCCGCGCUCCAAUCGGUCCUCGCCGCCCUCGACCCCAACAACCGCACCUUCCUCCUCCUCGACGUCCACACCCCCUUCGCCGCCUUCCUCCUCGACGACAACAAUGGUGACAGUGACAACAAGUUGUUCAAAAGCAUGCUGCGACCGUGCUGCGAGAGCUUCAGGCCGGAUGGCUACUGCGGCGAGGAGGACGAGAACGGCACGCGGCAGUACACGCUCUGCGACGAACCCGGCCGCUACUUCUACUGGGACGACGUGCACCCGACGCAGGCCGCCUGGGCCGCCGUGGUGCGCACCUUCAGGGCCGCCGUCAAGACCUUCCUCUCCAUCUGACCUAACACGACACGACAACUCUUAUUGCCUCAAACAUGAAACGAAGAUGGCCAUAUAUGCAUGGUUCAUUUGGAUGCGUCGCCAGCAGUCAGGACUAACCAACACGUAACGUGCCCUGAAAA